AAAAAAUCAAUCUCUUUCUUCUCUUACAAUAAAAAAAAAAUGUCAACUUUCAAACCGACGAUACCUGCCAAGCCCGAGUCUUUCUCCAUCAUUGCACCUGGUGUUAGCCCUGAGGCUGCUUUAUUAUCGGAUCACUUAUUAAGCAAAAAUCAUAAAGAGUUUCAUUGCUUCUUUAACGAAAAAAAGUUUCACAACCAUUUAAUUCAUCAUCUUUUGGCUGCUUAUUCACUUGGUGCCAGUAAAGAAAAAAUCCAACAAAUCUUUGAUGAACACGCCAGUUAUCAAAAACCUGCACCGCCCCUUCUAGCUAUCACCUUAACCCGUGAGAACUAUAAAGAUUACCUUGGUCAAGCAGAUGCUUAUACCAGUUUCCUCCACUUCUUCCAGUCCGAAAUUGAAAAAAACGGUCAUAUUGAUACCAUUCGUCGUUGGGUUUGGACAGGUGACAUGCUGGCUCGUACUGUGGGUGGUGCUUACCAUCCUUUAAUUCAUAUCGGUUACAGUCUCGAAUUUGAUAUCCCGGGUAUCGCUGCUGAGGGGUUAGCCAUGGCUGCAUGCACAGAACCUUCCUUGGCCACACUGAUUCCACUUCAACCCGAAAUCCAAACAGCACUGUUACCAACACAAGCGCAAAUGUAUGCCGAAAAUGCUACUUCCACUGCUCGGGGUUACAUGACGCAGUUUGUCGAUCAACUCUCCACACAAUUAAACACGCGUCUGGGUAUUGCUGAAAAGGUGGUUUCGCCUUCUGCUACACGUAGUAUGGAUACCAAUGAAGUGCCUGGAUUUUUGAAAGAAAAUACCUUAUUCCCCAUUAUCAAUGCGAUUCGUAAAGACCCCAUCUUUGACGAUGUUGUAAAGCCCACGGAUAUGGUACGAUCCCAGAUUAUUUUAAAAAACAAGGUAGCUACAGACCGUAUUCGAGAGUAUGUAGAUCAAUGGCCAUUGGAAGAAAACAGCAAGGAUAUUCAAACCAAGUUCAAGGACUUAUAUACGAUGGUCGUCACUGCGUUAGGUUCUGCCGGUCUUCGCGCUAAUCAUGCUGUAAAAGUCGAUUUUUUCAUCAUGCAUGCUUUGACGUCUUCUGAAUUUAUCCAUCAAUAUAUUUCCAAAGUGGCUCCCUCCGAGGCUGUAAGUUUAUUACGUGCUCAUUUAGCUUCAACGUUGGUGUAUUACAUUGCAGGUGGAAGACCCGUAUUGAAUGUGGAUGAUUUACUCGCUUACAAGAUCAAGGAACAAGGAAAUAACCCUUGGUUGGGUGUGAUGGAUCAAUCUUUGGAUUGUAUGGAACCUCAUGUGAUUAAAGUGGUACGUGCGUGCGCAGUGGGUCAGAUUAUUUAUGGACCCCAACAAGACCCUCGCUUGAAUGAAGUAUGGCUCAAAGUGGCUCAUAUGGCCAUCGAAAGCAAAGGUCAAUGGGAAUUCUCGGGUUUGGGAUUUGAGGAAACUUGGAAAUAGCUUGACUCGGAAGGAGUUAUGUCAUGUUGCGCAUUUCUAUAAUAUAAUAUUUGCCUAAAUAUCUUUAAAAAUAAAAAGCAUAUAUUCUCAUUCU